UCACACUAUCCGGGCUGCUGAGCCAAAGACCAGAAAGGAAUUCAUGAAAUAGUGCAGUAAAAUGGCAGACGCCCUCCUCACAUCUCAGGACUCUUUCAACUGUCCGAUCUGUCUGGAUCUACUGAAGGAUCCAGUGACUAUUCCCUGUGGACACAGCUACUGUCUGGUCUGUAUUGAAGGCUGCUGGGCUGAGGAUGAUCAGAGGGGGACCUACAACUGCCCCCAGUGCAGACACAGCUUCACUCCAAGGCCUGUUCUCAACAAGAACACCAUGCUGGCUGAACUAGCUGAGGGUCUGAGGAAGACGAGGUUCCGAGCUACUCCUCCUCCUUGGUCUCCUGCUGAUUCUGCUGCUGGAUCUCCUGCUGGAUCUGGAGAUGUGGAGUGUGACGUCUGCACUGGAUCAAAACCCAAAGCUGUUAAGUCCUGUCUGGUGUGUCUGCUCUCCUUUUGUGAAGCUCAUAUUCAGCCUCAUUAUGAAUCUCCUGCCUACAAAAAGCACAAACUGGUUGAAGCCUCCAUGAAUCUGCAGGAGAAGAUCUGCUCUCAACACGAUAAACUGCUGGAGAUUUUUUGCCGCACUGACCAGACAUUUCUGUGUUACUUGUGUACGAUGGAUGAACACAAAGGCCAUGAUACAGUCUCAGCCUCGGCAGAAAGAACCGAGAAACGGACACAGUUGGUAGGAAUUCAGAAGGAAUUGCAACAGGGAAUCCAGCAGAGAGAGAAGAAGCUGCAUGAACUGAGACAGGCUUUGGACACUCUUAGGCGCUCUGCACAGGCAGCAGUGGAGGACAGUGAGAAGAUCUUUACUGAACUGAUUGAGUCCAUUGAGAGGAGACGCUCUGAGGUGAAAGAGCUGAUCAGAGCUCAGGAGAAGACUGAACUGAGUCAGGCUGAAGACCUCCUGAAGAAGCUGGAGCAGGAGAUUGCUGAUCUGAGGAGGAGAGACGCUGAGCUGGAGCAGCUUUCACACUCAGAGGACCACAUCCAUUUCCUCCAGAGUUUCCAGGCUCUUUCCUCCCAUAGAGGGACUACAGACUUACCCAGCAUUAAUGUUGACCCACACUUCUCAUUUGAGGAUAUAAGAAAAGCGAUGGCUGAAAUGAAGGACAGAAUAGAAGAUACAUAUGAGAAAGAAGUGAAAAAAAUAUCCAGAGUGACUAAAAUCCAGACUGUCCUGGUUCCUGAUCCCAAGACCCGAGAGGAGUUCUUACUAUAUGCCUGUGAUCUCACACUGGACCCAAACACAGUCUGCUGGUACCUCAGGCUAUCUGAGGAGAACAAGAAGGUGAUGCUCUGCAACACUAAAGAGCUCCAGGACCAUCCGGAUCAUCCAGAAAGAUUCCGUCUUUGCGGACAGGUUCUGUGCAGAGAAGGUUUGUCUGGACGUUGUUACUGGGAGGCUGAGUGGAGAAGAAAUUAUGAAGCUAAUAUAGCAGUAGCAUACAAAGGCAUCGAUAGAAAAGAGUGUAACAUAAAUAGAUUUGGAGGAAGUGAUCAGUCCUGGUGUUUGACCUGCACAUAUUACAAUUGCUGCUCCCACAAGGUUGGCGUGUAUUUGGACCACAGGGCAGGGACUCUGGCCUUCUACAAUGUUUCUGACACAAUGACCCUCAUUCAUAGAAUCCAGACCACAUUCACCGAGCCCCUCUAUCCUGGUUUUGGGCUUUGGGGUCGGGGUAAUUCACUUCAGAUUUGUAACUUUGACUGAAAUGAAAGAAGGGGACUGGGGUGUAACUGUAGUGCAUUUACAUCAAUUGAAUUAUGUUAUGUGGGACAUCGUCUGGUUGAUUCUGUAUGUGUCCCACAUCCACACAACAUCUAAACCUAACACUGCACUGUAAGUCAUUUUCAUGCAUUUCAGCUAAAGCUCCUUAAUAAGGAACCUUAAUAAUUAGGUUAGGUUAAUCUUGCUCUUGUCGGAACCCAGUAUAUACAACGUAUGCCUUAUGAUGACUAUAGUGUCCAAUAAAUAACAGAUUCUCCACAUUCAAUUCAACUAGGUGGUCUUAAUAAUACAUUGAAUCAAUAUUAAACUGUGAGAAUACAGUGAUUAUUGCCAUUUUUAACAGAGAAAAAGUGCCCUGGAUUAAUAUUGCUUACUAUAUCUUUAACGAUGGGGUAACGCUUAUGUGGGUACGCAGUCAGAAGACGGAUGAGGUCCUGUCCACACGGCUUUAACAAAACCAUUUCCCACUCUCUCUCACACACUGUUUGAGUGAGAGAAAUGUUGAGAGUGAAAUCUAACAACCAAGCGAAAGCUAACCUAGCGAGUAUGACUGAGCUAUGAAACUAGCUCAGCCCCUCUGUAUGUUAUCCAACCCACCCGCCAUAACAGCAUGUGUGUGUAUUCCCGGGAUGCUCAUCCAGCAGUAAAGUGAAUAAGAACCUUUGCUCUGUAAAAUCUGGAUAACGCCUUCAGUGAGAGGGCAGAGAGGGAGAGUCAGCACCUGUAAAUACAGUGUCCAUGUCUGCCUGCUUUGUUUAGUUCUGCUUCAGUGGUGUAGCAGCCCUGGAGUGUUGAACUGCAGGACUUCAAUUGAGAAUGUUCAUUCAAAUAUUAGGACCACAUCCACACAGUUCUCAGAUAGGUCUGAUGAGACUUUACACAAACAAACAAACAAAAAUAUACACAUACACACACACACACACACACACACACACACACACACACAUACAUACAUACAUGCAUAUAUAUAUAUAUGUACAUAGUCAUGUGAAAAAAUUAGGACACCCUAUGAAAUCCUGUAUAUUUAACAUAUUUGGACAUGUGGAUAUUUAAUAUCAAUUUUAACAAUACUGUGGGAUCCAAGUAAUAUGACUAAACAAUUAAAAAUUAAGAAAGGCCUUUUUACAAUUUUCUGUAAAAUGUAAUUUUAAAAGUAUGCAAUUUCUGGUGAGGCAUAAUUUAGGACACCCCUACAUAUUGUCCCACUUAAAAUAGUUAAGAUCACACACAGGUGUAUCACAUCAGGUGCACAUGAUCAGAACAUCGUUACUCAGCAUUUUAAAUGAGGCUUGCUCUGUUUAAACCUCAGAAAAUUAGUUUGGUGUGUGCCUGACUGUUAAAGUGAGAGUGAGCACCAUGGUGAGAUCCAAAGAGCUGUCUGAGACCCUCAGAAGGAAGAUUGUGGCUGCUUAUGAGUCUGGUAAAGGGGGCUCCGCCAUCUGGAAAAUUGUUUACAAGUGGAGGACAUUCACUGAGACCAUGACCAGGUCUGGCCGUCCAAGCAAGUUCACCCCCAGAGCAGACCAUAUGACGCUAAAAGAAGUCACAAAAAAUCCUAAAAUUUCACCACAGGACCUCCAGCAGAGCCUGUUACUGUCGAUGUGAAAGUGCAAGACUCAACAAUCAGAAAGAAACUACACAAGUUUAAUUUUCAUGGGAGGUGUGCAAAGAGGAGACCUCUGCUCUCUAAGAGAACAUUAAGGCCAGACUGAAGUUUGCCAGAGAGAACGCAGACAAAGACCAGGACUUCUGGAAUAAUGUUCUUUGGACAGAUGAGUCUAAAAUUUAAUUAUUUGGACAUCAGAACAGAAGACAUCUUUGGUGUAGACCAAAUACAGCAUUCCAAGAAAAGAACUUCAUACCAACUGUGAAGCAUGGAGGUGGAAGUGUCAUGGUUUGGGGAUGCUUUGCUGCAGCAGGACCUGGCCAGCAUCAUAGAAUCCACCAUGAAUUCUACUGUGUAUCAGAGAGUGCUUGAGGAACAGGUGAGAGCAUCUGUAAAAAAACAAAGCUGAAGCGGAACUGGACCCUGCAACAUGACAAUGACCCAAAACAUACCAGCAAAUCCACCAAGGACUGGCUGAAAACUAAGAAACAGUGAGUCCUGGAAUGGCCAAGUCAAAGUCCGGAUCUUAAUCCCACUGAGAUGCUGUGGAGUGACUUAAAACGGGCUGUACAUGCAAGAAACCCCUCAAACAUCUCACAGCAGAAAGAAUUCUGCGUUGAGGAGCAGGGCAAAUCUUCAGAUCGACGUCAGAUAUGGCUACAAGAAGCGACUCACUGAAGUUAUUUCAGCCAAAGGGGGCAACACUAGUUAUUAGAAGGUAGGGUGUCCUAACUUUUUCCUCCAUUAUAAUAUGCAUUUUUGUUCAUAUGUUUUGUUUCAUGAGUAAAACAACAUUGGACAUUGAUAUGUAAACAUUUCUUAUUAAAGAGCUGACUAUUUAUGGGGUGUCCUAAUUUUUUCACAUGACUGUGCGUGUGUGUGUGUUAUUUAUAUAUAUGAAUGAGAUCUGGAUAUAAUCAGAUGUGUAUGUAAUUAAGUAUUCUCUAAUUAAAGCCAGUAAAUGCGAUGUGUCAUUGACAUUUCACCAACCUGCAUCAUACUCUUUCAUUCUCAAUUUAAUGAAAACAUAUUUAAGACAGAUGCUUGUAGUGAAAUUCCUUUAUGCUGUACUAUGAAAUGCACUGAUACAUUGUGAUGCCGUGAUCUGAAGGUGUCGAUUCAACUGCAUUGAUUUUGGAAAGUUAUAAAAGAUUACAAUAUUCAAUAAAAAAUGCACAUAUUUUCCACA